AUGUCCGACGUAGAAUCAAUUAAUGGUGCUCUUUUCGAAGAACCAGAAGAUUUCGCUCCACCUCCACCUGAACCACAUUUCGCUAAUUAUGAAAGAAAACACAUCGACUUGCAAGUCUCUAAAUCUGCCAUGAAGGAAAUACCAUUACGUCUGGUUGGUAAGUCACCAUUGUGGGGACAUUUACUAUGGAAUGCAGGGAUUUACACUGCAACUCAUCUAGAUAAGUUUCCUGAACUAGUUAAGGGCAAGAACGUCUUAGAAUUGGGUGCCGCCGGUGCAUUACCAUCGCUUAUAUCAGCAUUGAUUGGUGCUAAGAUGGUGGUGAGUACGGAUUAUCCUGAUCCUGAUCUAUUGAGUAAUAUUCAAUAUAAUGUGGAUCAUGUGGUUCCAAAGGACUUCAAAAAUAUCGUCGUGGAAGGUUAUAUUUGGGGUAAUGAAUACGAUGAUUUAAUUAAACAUAUUGAUGGAGACAAGAAAUUCGAUUUGAUUAUCUUAAGUGAUUUGGUCUUUAAUCAUACGGAACAUCAUAAGUUAUUAAAGACCACACGUGAUCUUCUAGCCAAAGAUGGGAAGGCGCUAGUUGUGUUUUCUCCUCAUAGACCUAAAUUGUUAGAUUCAGAUUUACAGUUUUUCGAGACUGCAAAGGAAUUUGGUUUGAAAACUGAUAUUAUCGAGAUGGUCAAUUGGAAACCAAUGUUUGAUGAGGAUGAUGAAACCAUUGAAGUCAGAUCUCGUGUUUAUGCUCGUUAUUUAACUCAUGUCUAG